UCUAUACAACAGUGUAUAUAUAUAUAUGUAACUCGAUCUUAAGCACACAGCUGUAAUUACAAAGCAAGCUCAGAAAAGAGCUCACAGACAUUUGUAAUUAAGGAUCAUCUAUAAAAGGAAACCAAGGAAAGGGUGAGGUCUGUGUGAAAGAGAAGAACAGGCCACGAGGACAACAACACAGAGCACAGGACGUGAAGAAUCUCAUCAAGAAAAACAACUGCUUCAGCGCACACUAUGGAUGCUCAUGGAGGACACUACCUUAACAAAGAAGCUGUGCUGUCACCUUUAGGUUUAGCCCGAAUGUGCCAGCUACUGCUUGGGUGCACCAUAAUGGCACUUGUGUCCCACAGUGCGGGCUACAGUGCCACCUAUGGAGUCUUCUGCAUGUUUGUGUGGUCCUUCUGCUUUGCUGUCACACUGGUAGUGUUCACCUUGGACAUUACACGGCUCCACACUUGUAUGCCAAUUUCCUGGGACAACUUCACUGUGGCUUUUGCCAUGCUGGCAACGCUCAUGUACAUCACUGCAUCUGUGGUCUACCCUGUCUACUUCCUUCAAGAAGAGUGCCCCGAUGAGGACUGCGAGGUCCAAAUGUACCGCAUUGCUGUCACCGUCUGCUCCAGUGUUUGCUGCUUCCCUUAUGGAGUGGAAGUGUUUCUGACGCGAGCCAAACCAGGAGCAGUGGUGGGCUACAUGGCCACCGUGUCUGGUCUGCUUAAAGUGAUCCAGGGUUUUGUGGCUUGCAUCAUAUUUGGGGCCCUGGCUAAUGACAGUGAGUACAACCAGUACAUUGCCACCCAGUACUGUGUAGUAGUGUAUAGCCUGUGUUUCUCUGUCACUGUGAUAGUGGUCAUAUUGACAGUCUCCGGUAGGACGUCUGCCCUUCGGUUCCCAUUUGACCGGUUUGUGGUUGUCUACACCUUCUUUGCUGUGAUCCUCUACCUCAGUACUGCACUGAUCUGGCCUAUUUUCAGCUUUGAUAAGAAGUAUGGCACUACUACUCGUCCCGAGGACUGCCCACGUGGAGAAUGCCCCUGGGAUAGUAAGCUGGUGGUAGCAGUGUUCACUAAUGUCAAUCUAGUUUUAUAUUUUGUUGAUCUUGUUUACUCCCAGAGGAUUCGCUUUGUCUCCAGCUCUGCAGUGUGAAAACCUCUCCCCUUUCAGCCGCAGACAGAAAUAAGGAGUUUUAGAUUUUUGCGACAUCCAAUAUGCUCCCAUACUCCGGUUGUUGUAAAGGAUUUAUUUUCUUGAUCCAUAAUGUUCUAUAUAUUUGUGACUUCUUUUGUACCAUCAGUAUUCAGCUAGUACUUGGCCUCUGUGCUUUGCAUUAGUGUACAAUACAUGCUACAAAUUUUCUCAAGUUCUGCAGUGACCUGCCAUGGAGAGGUGUAGUGAUUUGCUGAACUCAGCAACUUUGUUCACAGAGGACACGGGGAAAUCUGUCCAUCUCAGCACCAAAUGCAUCCCUCCUGUCCUAGUUGCUUUGGUGGUCUCAUACAGAAUGGACCUAUAAGAAUGUGUGACAUUUAGAGUAUCAGAACAGUGUUAUGCCAGAUAGACAAAAUCAAUCUUACAAAGAUUAUGCAAUUUAUAUAAUUGAAGAGUUCAUUUGCAAAAACAGGUAACUCCGUUUUCAGAAAAUUCAUUUUUUAUUGUUUACUUGAGAUAAUAAUAAUAAUACUAAUAAUUUAUAUUUUCUCUAUUUUGUCAUGUAUUUUUCUACUGAGUCAAAUCCACUCAACUUUAGUUUGAUUGAUAUUAUCUCAAGUAAACAAUUAAAAAAAAGUUUUCUGAAAAUUUAUCAAAACAGAGUUAUCUGUUUUUGCAAAUGAACUCUUCAAUUGUAUUUAAACAAACAAGAUAAAAUUACACCUCAUAGAGAUGUAUAGUUAUUGCUAAGUCUACAGUAUGCACUGAACAUGGAUUUUGGUUUUGACUUUUGAGUCAUUUUGCUGUAUUUUUACCAGUUUGUAUUACAUUCUUUAUAUACUGUCUGUUCAAGUUUAGUAUGCUUUUCCCAUUUCUGAAGGUUAAAUGUAUCAAAUUCAUAAAUAUUUGAAGGCAAAUGUUCAACAACAGUAUUAAAUUGAUUAUUUUGUUGUUAUGCUGCAUAUCAAGCACAAACAUGAGUGUAACUUUCCUUCUUGCAAUAAUUUCCAUGUUCAAUAAAAUGCCAGUGUAUGUUC